GAAAAAAAUCAUAUCUUUUAUGAUGCAUUUCAGAAACUCUUGUAUUAUAGGUAGCAACAAUUGCAGAGACAGAUGAGUCUGCAGAAUCAGAAGGUGUAAUUGAUUCUCAUAAACAUAGAGAAAUCCUCUCACGAAGACCCUCCUAUCGAAAAAUACUGAAUGAACUUUCCUCUGAUGUGCCUGGUGCUCCCAAGAUUGAAGAAGAAAAAUCAGGGGAAGGAGGAACACCACCUCACAUCGCUACCAUGGCAGUACCGGCUAGCAUAUAUCAGACUAGCACGGGGCAAUACAUUGCUAUAGCUCAAGGUGGAACAAUCCAGAUUUCUAAACCAGGAUCUGAUGUUGUUCAGGGACUGCAGGCAUUAACAGUGACAAAUUCAGGAGCUCCUCCACCAGGUGCUACAAUUGUGCAGUACGCAGCGCAGGCAGCUGACGGCACACAGCAGUUCUUUGUCCCAGGCAGCCAGGUGGUUGUCCAAGCUGCCACUGGUGACAUGCCAACUUAUCAGAUCCGAGCUCCUCCGACUUCUUUGCCUCAGGGAGUGGUGGUGGCUGCCUCCCCAGGAAGUUUGCACAGCCCCCAGCAACUUGCAGAAGAAGCCACACGCAAACGAGAGCUGAGGUUGAUGAAAAACAGGGAAGCUGCUAAAGAAUGUCGACGUCGAAAGAAAGAAUAUGUAAAAUGUCUGGAGAGUCGAGUUGCAGUGCUGGAAGUUCAGAACAAGAGGCUUAUAGAGGAACUUGAAACCUUGAAAGAUAUUUGCUCUCCUAAAACAGAUUAGUAUAGUACUUUACUAUGAACUGAUUACAUGUACAGUUGCUUUCAAAGGCAAUACAAUAUGUAGUUGGCAAGAAUUAUGGCUUUUUUCUUUGUAUCAUUCAUCGUAUUCUCUAAUCUCUAACAUUUCUAAAAUGCUUCAUUGUAUGUAGUUAAAAAGAGACUAACUAUAAAAGAUGUAAUUAGCAAAUUCUUAAAAUGCAGUAUUUGUAAGACUUUUUCCAGUGCCACAUAUUUGCAGUUCCCAAUCUCUGUGUCCUGGGAAUAGUGUGCUAUGCAAUAAAAUUUUCUGCAGGUCUUUUAAAAGUCAUUUUAGGAAAGGAUGAUCAAAGAUAAUGCAUCCAGCAGUACAAUAAAACUAUGCCACAAAAAAAUACCUCAGGAGAGAACUGAAAGAAUCUAAUAACAUGCCUAUAUGAAAAAAUAUCCUAUAAUGAAUUUAUGGCAUUUGCAUAUUUUUACAUUAGUGCUUUGUAAAGAAAACAUUGUACUGCUGUCCUUGAAUGCCAUAGUCAGAGAGGAUUUUUAAUAGAACCAUGUUGGUUAAA